AUCAGACUCUCUACAGUGCCAGUUAAUCAGCCAGCCGUCGCUACAGUGCGUCUUGGAGGGUCGCAGAAAAACCCGGCAAACAUCCCGGGGACUGAUGAGCCUUGCUGUGACAAGUGAAUCACGUUACCCAGGAUGGCGAGACACUGGACGGAGAACCUUAACAUAUGUGUCAAGAAUGGCGAGGUAGAGGGAGUGAAGAAAGCUCUAGCAAAGGGAGGCCGUGUUGACGGAGGACACACGACUCUCAAGUCGCCCUUGCACUAUGCAGCCCAGGCGGGUUACGUGGAAAUAGCCAGGCUGUUGUGUGACCACAAGGCUGACUUGGAGCUGAGGAGCAAGUUGGAUGAAGGAGGGACGGCACUUGUGCUGGCGGUGAAGGCUGGUCACAAAGCCACCGUGAACCUCCUUCUACAGAGAGGCGCUGACGCUCAGAUCCUUGAUGACAACGGAGAAAGCGUAGCACAGCACGCUAGCCGCGGAGGCCACACAGCUAUUCUUGAGCAGUUAUGGAAGCACAACAGCCUCCUGACUUCCCCUGAACAGUACGGCGCCAACACCUUGUUGCACCUGGCUGCUGAAUACGGCCAUCUCGAUACAGUGAAGUGGCUGGUUAGUCACGGUCACUCCCCCUCCUGUCUGGACAGAGAGAAGCGGACGCCGGCAGACAGAGGAAGGGCACAUCAUAAAGUGUACACGUGGCUUAAGACAUACCAGACAUCCAACAUCCUGGAGGCUGAGUCAGCAGCACACACGUCGAGCGAUGAACGUCAGCCACUGGUGGAAGCGGCUGCCAGAGGCAAUUUAAGAACCAUCAGCUCACUAAUAAAGUCUGGCGUUAAUCUAGACGAAAGAAGCAACAGAAGAGACGACAUGGGUCGGACGGCGUUGCAUCUGAGCUCUGCGGCUGGACUUGAGGAGGUGGUGACGGAGUUACUUCGAUACGGAGCCACAAUUAAUGUUAAGGAUUACCAAGAGAUGCAGCCGCUGCACCUGGCCGCCGAGAGAAAUCAGGUGAAGGUUCUCUAUCAACUGGUGAACAAAGGUGCAUCGAAGGAAGCUCGAGACAUUGAAGGUUGGCGUCCUAUACACUUCGCUGCUGCCUGCGGCCAUACCAGGAUUCUGGAGGAAUUGAAAAACCUGGGGUGCGACCUAGAAGCCAAGACGAAGAACAACUCGACCUCUCUCCAUCUGGCUGCAGAGAAUAACCAUCUGCAGGUGGUGCAGUGGCUAGUGGAGCAAGGCGCGAUCACCACUGCUGUUAACAAGCAGCAAGACACAGCUGAAGACUGCGCCAGGAAGAAAUCUCACAAGGAAGUGGUCGACUUCCUUAAACAGUACCGAACAUUCGGAAAAGUGCAGCAGCAGAGGUACCAGGUGUACCCUGAUGAUGGUUCAGUAGGUACGAGCAGUGUUGCUGUGUCUAGGACACCUCGCUCUGCCCACCCUCAGGACACCCGUAGUGGUUCAGCAAGCUACAGAGGAGCCUCAUCCCCACCCCUGCCACCUCCUCAGUGGACUAACCCUCCUCAACCCGACUAUCAGCGUCAGGCCGACAAUCAGCGUCAGGCCGACUAUCAGCGUCAGGCCGACUAUCACCGUCAACCCGACUAUCAGCGUCAGACCGAUUAUCAGCGUCACCCCGACCUCCAACGUCAGCGCAACUACCAACGUCAGCUGGACACUUACCCUCAGACCAUUUCUUCCAUUUCUCCUCAGAGGCCCUCACACACUCAGCCCAGCUAUCGGAUCCCACAAACUCAGCUUAAUAUUCAGCCCCCGUCCCCCACUUACCCUCAGGACGCCCGUUUUCCCUCUCCUCACUGGUCCUCUCACACUCAAACUUACGAUCAACCUCAGCUUUCUCAUGAAAUACAGACUGUCAUUCACCCUCAGUCCUCUCACCCACUGGACUCCCCUCACCCUCUAGACUCCCCUCACCCUCUGGACUCCCCUCACCCUCUAGACUCCCCUCAUCCUCUGGAUUCCCCUCAAGACAGGCAGUCAGAUCUAUCUACUCAGAUGCUGGUGGCGGCGGCGGAGGGGGAGGUGGAAGAGGUAGAGAGUUGUGUGGCAGCUGGAGCAGACUUGUCUUCCACCAGCACUAGGCCUGGAGAGGAAGGGUUGCAGGCGCUGCACCUGGCGUGUUGGGGCGGCCAUGUCCAAGUGGUGGAGAAGCUACUCGUACUGAAGGUCGACCAACGAGCUGUAGCCCAGGGUCGCGAGGGUGUCCACUGGGCGGCCUUCGGAGGUCACGUGAUGGUAUUACGCGUGCUGAAAGAUCACGGAUGUGACAUCACUGUUUCUGCCUCCGGCGACGACAACGCCACACCGCUUCACCUAGCUGCCAAUAACGACAACCUGGACGCGGUUCGCUGGUUGGUCGAACAAGGCGUCCAGAUUAACGUCAAGAACAGCAUGGGCCUUACACCAGUUGACCUAGCAAUGAAAUCUUUUUCUGAAAACGUGUGUAACUACUUCCUCGAGGAACAAUUGAUUGAUGCAGCUGGUGCUGGCGACACGGAGACUACUCUCCGCCUGAUAGACAAUAAGGUUAAUGUUGACGCUCCCAGUUACAAGCCACAAUCCAGAGGUCGCAGGGCCCUUCACCAGGCUGCAGACGGAGGCCACACAACCGUGGUCGAGGCUCUCCUCAAUGCUAACGCUGACCCUAAUGCUGAGGACGACGAAGGAGUGCUGGGGAUUUCCCUUUUAACACGUUACAGGUUUCCUGGUAUCCAGAGGUGCCCAAAGGUGGAUGCUACUGAUGAUGAAGGAAACACAGCAGUGCACUUGGCCGCUGCGGGAGGCCAUUUGGAAAUCCUGAAGGUUCUGCGAGACAACAAGUGCGACCUUUCUAGCAUCAACAGUGAGAAGGACACUCCUUUGCACUUCGCAGCACGUACUAACCAGUUACAUGUGAUAAGGUGGCUGCUGAAGAGAGAUGUCGAGUGCAGCGUGUUGAACGAACGCGGGCAAACUGCCGAGGAUAUCGCAAGGAAAAAUAACAAUAAGCAUGCAGCUGACAUGCUGAAGAUACAUAAAGGUCCAGUAAGCACCAAGCAGAGGGAAGAGCAGAGCGGCACAGCGAGUGUGAGCGGAGCCUCGCAGUCUCAGCCAACACCAGAACCAAGCAAGGACAUGCCACAAGGGUUGAGGAGUCUGGGUAACACCUGUUACAUGAACUCCAUCAUACAGUGCCUUUAUAACACCUCCACACUCACUUCCUACUUCCUCGACGACUCAUGGAGAAAUCGUAUAAAUAAAAAUAGCGAGUAUGGCGGGGAGGUAGUAGCGGCCUAUGGUGACGUGGUACGUCAGCUGCACGCCCGAGGCAACACCUACUACACCAUGAGAAACCUUAAGACGAUCUUGGGUGAACACGACGAGAUGUUCCAGGGGCGUGAGCAACAGGACGCUCACGACUUGCUCUCCCUUCUACUCCAUGCCCUCGACAGAGACCUUCAGUGGCAGAGUCAGUCACACAUAGCUGACCUCUUCAUCGGUACUCAUCAGUCCAGCAUCGUUUGUCUGGAAACAGGGAAAGAAAUUUCUUCACUGAAAGAGCUCUUCUCCAGCCUGACACUUGCAGUUGAUCCACAGAAUGGUAACGACAUUUGCACACUCAAGGAACUCCUGGAACGGUACUACACUCCACAUAACAUCCAGUGGGAAUGUCCUGCGUGUCACACUACCCACCCGUGUCUCAGGACCACGCACAUCUACCGCCUGCCCCAGAUCCUAGUGAUUCACCUCAGCAAUUCGUCAUCUCUCCCGGCAAAGGCUGAAAGAUUUCACGACUUGAUGGUGAAUCAGUCAUGGAAGCAGAAUGGCGCCCAAACUUGGAAAUUCAAAUUCCCAGCGGAAUUUGAAUUUCCUAUGCUACCAGACUACUACAGUGGAACUGGGAGGAAGACGUUCAACUUAUACGGUGUGUGUUACCACAAGGGUACUAUGACCAGCGGCCACUACACAGCCAUCUGCAGAGACUGGGUCCGCAAAAAUGUUUGGUACGAGUUUAAUGACGAGAAAGUGACUCAACUCAAAGAAACAUUUCCUUCCUGCAGGGAUGCUCAUAUACUGUUUUACGAGAAUUUUUAACUUGAGUUCUCUAAGUCACUAUGAUAAUAUGAAAGUCGAUAACUUCAUUUACGGAACAACUUGCAGUGUAAACAGACCGAAUGGUGUAGUAGGAACUAGGCUUAGGCUUAUUUACAGGUACUCGUGGCAGUUUGAAUGCACACUGUGGAAAACUGCAUUUAUCUGAAUGUAUCCUUAUGUACAUAACAGUAAAUGAACAAAUAAUUAUUAUUUAUCAGUUAAACGAGUAGGAAUUUGGGACACCUAAGUCGCAAAAAAUGUCCCCCUUCGAUACCUACCACUGUCAUAUCCACAAGUUGCUCUGGACCUAUUAAUCAUAAAUGAAAUAUACAUCACCAGGAAUGCUGGUAAAUAUAUAAAUUUGUGGACUGUAUAUUAAAUUAAAAAAUGAUUAUAUAUAAAUACACAUUUAUAUAACAGAAGGAGAAUAUAUCUUAAUCAUAACACUCACCAAUUUGACUGGAAAUCAAGGUGUAUCAUACUCAGAAAACCUCUGUCUAUACAUGAAAAUAACAACUGGCCAGAGUUAUAACAUAACAGACUUAUCUGAGGUUCCUGGAGCUGUCUUGCCCAGUCGCCUGAUAUCUCAAGUUAUGCAGGAAUGUACAUCCAACAAUUUCACCUCCUAUUUGAGAGGUGUCAACCCAAUUUUAACCCUCUAGAGCACCAAAAAUUCUUCCCAUUAUUCACAACGUCUUAUUCAAUUCAAACAAAAUGGCGACUGUCCUUCUGCCCAGGUGCAGAAUAUCCCAUUUUCUAUGACAAAUUUUUAUUAAAAACAACAUAGGCCAUCUAUUUACCUAUAAAUUACCGUAUUUUCGGGAAAUAUACGAUAUUUUGCACACUGCGCCCGGGCGGAGGUCGUUGCUAAAUGACUCAAAUUGCACAUUUGGCAAAGGUGUAGGACCUAGGUACAUAAAGGAUCUGGCAUCCACACGGCGACAUAUUACACAAGAUUUAAUCACCCUUUUUACACUUUGCCGUCCUUGUGGAAUCCAGAAAGUUUCCCUAAUACAAUUUAAGGGAUUUGUACCUCACCAUUCAUUAAAUUUUUAUGGGCAUUUAGAACAAUUAAAUUUGUUAGAUGAUGAGUUUUGGGCAGUAAGAGAGGGUGUUUAGCAUAAUCACCCAAUUCAGCAUUUUGUAACCCACCUCUGCACCUAAUUAAAAUUGUUCUCUAAAUACAAACCCCAAUUUUCUAUUAUGGAACCUUUCACAAUUUUUCUUUCCAUCAUCAGUUUAAUCUCAUUUCCAGAUUUCUUCUUGUACCCUCUUUAUCCAAUAUUCAAGAGGAUGUGAAAACUUGUUUGAAAUAUUCAUCUUGUUUAGAAAUUUAAACACCAACUUAGUUACACUGAUUAGUUUGGGUAGAGAAGAAUACCUAUUUAUAUUAAUGGCUAAGGAAGGACAAACUAUUGGAACGGUGGUCACAGUAAUUUCAACAGGAGCAAUAUACGCCUUUUGUACAGGCCAAUUAGCUUUAUUUACCAACCAGCUCGGUCCUUUAAACCAUGAUACAGCAUUUACAAAUUUAGCAUAAGGUAAACCUCGAGACAAGAAAUCAGCUGGAUUCUCCUCACCAGGUAUAUGAUUAAAUGUUAACAUAUGCUGACCCAAACUAUUAUACUUCUCUUGCAUCUGAUUAAUUUCAGCGACUCUGUUUUGUACGUACACAAUUUUACUGUUUCCAUUACGAAUCCAUUGUAAGGAUACCUCAUUAUCAGACCAAAUUACAGUGUCGCUAAUAUUUAUCUCCUGCAACUUAUUUCUUAUAUAAUUAGCUAAUUUGACACCUACAUAAAUGGUUGUUAAUUCCAACUGAUGCAAGGUACGUGAUUUAAUUGGAGACACUUUAGCCUUAGACAUAACAAGAGAAAUGACACUAUUACAUUGAAGGUAAGCAACUGCUCCAUAUGCCAAUUUUGAAGCAUCACAAAAAAUGUGGAGUACAUUUUUCCCAUUUGGAUUGGCCACCUGGCGUGGGAACUCCAACAUUGGAAUUUACUCAUAAUCACCAAUUAAUUCAUCCCACCUGUUAAUGAAUUCCUCAGGUAGAAUUUCAUCCCAAGCACAUUUAAGUUUCCAUGCUUCCUGUAUUAAUAAUUUCCCUCUUAUAGUAAGGGGUGACACUAAAUCUAGUGGAUCAAAACAUUUGGAAACUUCAGCAAGCAAAACUCUCUUAGUUAAUUUAUUGGGCAUACUGUAAUUACUAGGUUUUAACAUUAACAAAUCUCUCUCAGUAUCCCAAGUUAAUCCUAAUACAUUACUACAUUUUGGUAUUUCAUCUCCAGGGAAAUCUUUACUUAUUUUGUCCUUUAAUUUGGACGAAUUACUAUUCCAUUCCCUCAGAGGCAUAUUUGCACUUUGCAUUAUUUCAUUAGCCUCUCCAUAAGUCAUUAACAGUUCCUCUUCAGUUGAUGUCACACCCAGGAAAUUGUCCACAUAAAAUUGUUUGCUCAUUACUUUACUCAAUGGACUUUCCAUACGUUUAAGGUGUGCAUUUAUCGUCGCUUGAAGUAGGAACGGACUGGAUGCAGCACCAAAUAAUAUACUCCUAAAGCGAAAGGUUUUCAGAGGGCUAAGUGGGUCAAUAGGAUUCUCAGGCCAUAAGAAGCGGGUACAAUCCCAGUCAGCCUCUUGUAAACCCACUCUCAGGAAAGUUUUACUUAUGUCAGCCGUAAAGGCAUAAUGCUUCACUCUGAAAUUUAAUAAAAUAUCUCCUAAUUUUUCCGUCAACGACGGACCUGUAAUCAAACAGUCAUUUAAACUAGGUACAUUUUUGUUACUCCUGGCACUACAAUUAAACACAAUCCUCAAAGGAGUGGUCUUAGAAUCCUUCUUCACUCCAUGAUGUGGCAUAUAGUGACCAUAAAUUUUGGAUUGCUCAGGAGGUACCUCUUCUAUAAAUUUAUUAAUUAACUGCUCAGCAAUUAUAUCAUUAUAGGCAGUUAACAAUUCUGGUGUCUUACUCAGUUCGCGGAGCUGAGCCUUUAAUUGUCCAUAUGCCAAUCUGUAAUUAGUGGGCAAUUCUGGAUGGUUCAGUCUCCACGGAAGUCGUACCCAGUAUUGUCCAGAUUCAAAUUUUACAUCUCUCAGGUAUUGCUCCUGAGUAAAUGAAUCGUCUGGACUUUCUACAUUUACAUUUAUUCCACUGCUGUCUAAUUCCCACAAUUUAUGCACUGGCUCAACACCACCCUCUAUGGAAGAAUUAUACUGGGGUACGAUUUCAUGAGUAAGACACACAGUUAUGGUAUUUGUAGUUUCCUCUAGUCAUGAAUUAUUGUUACGAGGAAUCCUACAAUACAUUACAUGGCCUCCUGCAGUCUUCAAAAGGGUGACACCACAUUUCUUUACCAUACCCUUUACAAAGGAGGCAUAAUAGUCACUACCUAUCAAAAUAUUUAUUGGGCCUACAGAAUCAUCACUUACCCCAGAAGGUGCUAAAUUUACAUUAUGUGAAAGUCUUUCUGUAGCUUUACUAAGCCCUACUGUAGAUAUUUUCUCUGGAAGUCUAUCUACAAUUACUGCAUUAACACAUUUUUUCUCAUUGCCCAACCUGACAGUUACAUAAACAGUGUCAUACAAUUGAGCUCUUUUAUCUGAAGAAAAACCAGAUAAUUUUAAAGUUGUGGGAUCUCCCAUCUGAACUUUCAUACCAUCAAGACAUUUACGUUUAAUGAAAGUACGUUGGGAUCCCUGGUCUAAUAAUGCAGUUACAUUUUUUGAUCUAUGCCUUUUAUCAUCAACUUUUACCUGUAACACAGGUAAGGCUACUUCAGUAAAACCAUCAUUAUUAAUAUUAGCAGCAAUUUUUACAUUAGCCACUGUUGUGUCAGGAUUGUCAACAUUAUCAUUAUUAUCAACAUUAUCAUAUAGACCUUUACACAUGACUAUAUGGUGUCUUCCUUUGUGACAUUGAUAACAAAAGUUUAAUUUGGCAUAAAAAUCCUUUACAUUGUGAUUACCAAACACCUGAUGCAUCUGUCAAGUUCCUCCAAUCUUUCAGCUUUAUCAUUCCAUGAAUUGUAUGCAUUGCAAUUCUUAGAAAAAUGAGUACCCUUGCAGAAAAGACAAUCUCUCUUUUCUCUGACAGGUUUCUUAUUAACUGGGCUACUCUUAGAAGGGUACUUAUUCUUCUUACCUUGUGGAGAAUCAUUAUUUCUGAUUCCUCCUAAUUGAUAUGCAUCUAUGCAACUCUUUUUAGGAAAUGAAAUUUGAUUAUUACCAUCGGGAUAAUUUUUCCCUUUGUGAAACUUGACAGAUACCUCAGUUAUUAUGUGUUGCAUCUUUAAAAUGAGUUGGUUGGCUGGUCUGCAACUGAAAAAUUAAUUCUUGUAGACCUAGUCUUAUUUCCUCCAGACCAAAAUAACCCUUGUGAUAUUUAUUCGAGAGCCAUUCAAGUGUUUUACAGCUUAAUUUAUUCUGUACCAUGGCACUCAAUAACCAGUCUGAUUCCUUCAGAUUUUAUUUAUUACUUAAAGUUUUGAGAGUGCUCUCCAGUUUAACUCUAAACUGCUGUAAACCUUUGUAAGUGUGAUCUGGAGAUUUUAAAUUAACAAUGAUAUUCACUAGAUCCAACCUACUUUGUUCUAUAUUACCAUAAGUGACUUCCAACAAGUCAACUGCUUCCUUGUAAGAGUCAUCUACAUUGGGAAAGGCUUGUAUGAGUAUGUGAGCAUCUCCUCUUACCUGUCCUUUGAGGUAAAAUAAUUUAGUUACACAGGCUAGAUCACCCCUAUCAUGCACAGCUGCUUUAAAAAUUGACCAAAACUCCUCCCAGUUUUCUCCAGGAUUAAACACAGGCAAACACAAUUCUGGGAGUUUUGGCAAAGACAUAUUAUUUGUUGGAGCAGACUGAUUAACUGCCUGGUUUACACAUUUUAAUUUAUUCAUGGCCUGACUUUUACAAGAAAGAAUCUUUUCCUCUAAUUCAUAAUACUGAUCUAUUUCAGUCUCAUCUACACAGUUUACUAACAAAUCUUCAUAAUUGUUGUAAUAUAAUUUGUAUGAAUCAUAUCUAUUACCUAAAGCAUCUAAAUACAAUUUUAUAUCAUCAGUAUUCACAGUUUCUUGAUUCAUUAAUUCCAAACAUUUAUUGUAUGCUUUUGUUACAUGCCUUUUUCUAGCUUGCAGUGAUGCUUCCUUUGCUCUGUAUUCCAUAUGUUUGUCUUCUAUAUUAAUUUCCUCAUUUUCAGCCAUGAUGCAAUGUAUUAAAUUCAACUUUAUUAAUAACACUGAUUACAACUUACAACACUGAUACAACUUACUUUGAAUAAAUCCUACCUACUUGAGCUUAGCAAUUACAUGUAAGAAAAUAAUAUAAACUUCAAAUGUACAUUAAUACAAACCUUUAGCCAGACUCGGCUUAUCAAAAUUAAUAUUAUACAAAUUAACAUAAAUCCUUGCCAGAAUUUGGCAUAGCAAAAUUAAUAUUAUACACAAUAUAAUCUUUAGCCACACUUGGCUUAUCAAUUACACAUACACUGAUAUAAAUCUUGGCCAGAAUUGUCUUAUGAAAUUAAUAUUAUACAAAUAUAAAUCCUUGCCAGAAUUUGGCAUAGCAAAAUUAAUAUUAUACACAAUAUAUUCUUUAGCCACACUUGGCUUAUCCAAAUUAAUAUUGCAAUAAUUAUAAUCCACUACACAUUAAGUAAAUUUGUGAACUUAACAUCCACCUCCUCCUGUUAUUUCACAUAUAAUUAUUAAGUAAUUAACUAAUUAAUGACUUCACUAAUUACAUCCGGUUCGAAGGACCAAUGGGCAAAUUAAAUGUGGAAAAUUGCAUUUAUCUAAAUGUAUCCUUAUGUACAUAACAGUAAAUGAACAGAUAAUUAUUAUUUAUCAGUUAGACAAGUAGGAAUUUGGGACACCUAGGUCGCAAAAAAUGUCCCCCUUCGAUACCUACCACUGUCAUAUCCACAAGUUGCUCUGGACCUAUUAAUCGUAAAUGAAAUAUACAUCACCAGGAAUGCUGGUAAAUAUAUAAAUUUGUUGACUGUAUAUUAAAUUAAAAAAUGAUUAUAUAUAACUACACAUUUAUAUAACAGAAGGAGAAUAUAUCUUAAUCAUAACAUUCACCAAUUUGACUGGAAAUCAAGGUGUAUCAUACUCAGAAAACCUCUGUCUAUACAUGAAAAUAACAACUGGCCAGAGUUAUAACAUAACAGACUUAUCUGAGGUUCCUGGAGCUGUCUUGUCCAGUCGCCUGAUAUCUCAAGUUAUGCAGGAAUGUACAUCCAAUAAUUUUGCCUCCUAUUUGAGAGGUGUCAACCCAAUUUUAACCUCUAGAGCACCAAAAAUUCUUCCCAUUAUUCACAAUGUGUUAUUCAAUUCAAACAAAAUGGCGAGUGUCCUUCUCGCAGAUGCAGAAAAUUCCCAUUUUCUAUGACAUAAUUUUUAUUAAAUACAAUAUAGGCCAUCUAUUUACCUAUAAAUUACCGUAUUUUCGGAAAAUAUACAAUAUUUUCCACACACACUUUAUUAUGAAACUCAGACUAAAUGUAAAAAUGUGUGGUUAGAUUUUGAUCACUCUUGAACACCUUAUGACUGAUUAUUUACUUAUUGAGAAAUAUAGAGACAGUAUAAAAUCCUGUGAUAUGUCAACGUAUCUUAUUAAUGAAAAAUAAGGUACCAGACAUUUUAUGCAAAUAUCCAAAAUUUUGCUUCCAGCAGAUGAAACAUGUAUUGUAAAUAUAUAUCCAGAUGUACCCACAUUAAACCUGGAAAAGUAGACACAAAUGCAGUAUAAAACGAUCCUUUCCAUCGUGUGGGUAUUUUAUACCAUUUAUCUUCCAUCUUGUUUGCCCUUUUCGAGCCUAGUUCAUAGGCCUUUUGUGUAUCCAUAUGCUGUUAUGCUACCGUACACAGGAAUGGAUAUAAGGUGCACAAUGAACUAGCCACAUCGGCGAGAAAAUCUAAAUCUAGGUGAGCCGAGGACGCUACAGGGAACCCAGAUAUUGAUUUUACACAAGCUUGGGCAAUGUGAAGACACACACAUUGCAGAGAAAAUAUUGUUGUAUUUCGCUCUGCAUAGAGAUAUAUCAAAUAAUGACAUAAUAAAGCUCUUUACGAGGUGCAA